AUGUCGACAGGGAAGGAUUCAGUAAUAUUUAAACAUAUCCUGCCCUUCCUGUUCGCCAUCCAUGAUAUCAACCAGGAUCCCACACUCUUGGCCAACUUCACCCUUGGCUACAGCAUCUACGACAAUUAUGAUGAUGUCAGAACAACCUUCAGCCCAAUGGUCGACCUGCUGUCACCAGGGCAGCUGAAUAUCCCAAACUAUCGCUGUGGCAAGCAGGAUGGGCUGUUGGCAAUCAUUGAAAAGUCAGACACUGAGAUCUCUGAGCAGAUUUCUAUCCUGUCUAGUACCUACAAAAUCCCACAGGUGGGUUACAAUUUUGUUUCUCAAGCUCUGAAUGAUAAAACACAGUUCCCAUUCAUCUAUCGGAUGGUCCCCAAAGAGGAAUUUGUGUACCAUGCGAUUAUCAAGUUGCUCCUGUAUUUCAGAGCAAAUUGGGUUGGCUUGCUUGCUCUUAAAGAUGACAGCGGGGAUCGUUUCCUGAGGACCUUUAUCCAGCUGCUGACUCAGAAUGAGAUUUGUGCUGCUUUCACCCUGCGUUACCCAGCUCUCACCGCAGAACUGCUUCACUCUUUCAUGCGAAGUGCCCACUUCUACAAUACUUCCACAGAUGGAGUGUAUUUAGAUGAGCAAGGGGAGCUGGUUGCCAAACUUAACAGCAUGACUUGGGUGUUGAUGUCCAAUGAAUCAUUUGCUGCUGUGAAGUUUGGGAGUGUAGAGAAGCGGUGGGGAUCCAAAGACCUGGAAUUCACCCUUGAGCAGAAAACCACUGUGAGAGCCAAGUUGUUUAACCAGACUGUUCUUCACUCCAGGUGUUCUGAAAGUUGCCAUCCAGGGCAGGCCAAGCUGGUGCUGGAAGGAAAAGCAACUUGCUGCUAUGCUUGUUCUCCAUGUGCAGAAGGGACCAUCUCUUCUUUGGAAGAUGCAGAUCAUUGCCAGAAAUGUCCUGAAGAUCAGUAUGCAAACCAGGAGCAAGAUGAAUGUAUCCCUAAGACUAUAACCUUCCUGACUUAUCAAGAACCUUUGGGAGUUAUCUUGAUUUUCUUCUUGAUGUUCCUAACCUUAAUCACCUGCUUUGUGUUAGGAAUCUUCAUUAAAUUUGAAGAAAGUCCACUAGUCAAAUCCAACAACCGGGACCUUUCUUAUGUCCUCCUUGUCUUCCUCCUGCUUUCCUUCUUGUCUCCCUUCUUCUUCAUUGGCCAGCCAAAGAAAGCCACCUGCCUUCUCCAACAAACAGCCUUCAGCAUCAUCUUCUCGGUUGCUGUCUCUUCUGUCUUGGCCAAAACAGUCAUGGUGGUACUGGCCUUCCUGGCCACAAAACCAGGAAACAAAAUAAGGAAAUGGCUGGGGAAGAGUUUGACCAAUACCAUUGUCCUUUCUUGCUCCACUGUCCAAGUAGUCAUCUGUACCAUCUGGUUGGGCAUUUCUCCCCCUUUUCCUGACUCUGAUAUGAACUCUCAACCUGGAGAGAUCAUCCUGCAAUGUAAUGAAGGAUCUAUUGUCAUGUUUUAUGGUACCCUUGGGUACAUGGGCUUCCUGGCUGCCAUUUGCUUUGUGGUGGCUUUCCUAGCCAGGAAGCUGCCUGGGUCCUUCAACGAAGCCAAGUUGAUCACCUUCAGCAUGCUGGUCUUCUGCAGUGUUUGGGUGUCCUUUGUGCCCACCUACCUGAGCACCAAAGGCAAGUACAUGGUGGCCGUGCAGAUCUUCUCCAUCUUGGCCUCCAGUGCUGGACUGCUGGGCUGCAUCUUCCUCCCCAAGUGCUACAUUAUUCUCUUUAGGCCUCAUUUGAAUACAAAAGAGCAACUAACAAGAAAAUAG